AUGCAACCAAAUAGCCAACAGUAAGAGAGUAAAAAAUUAAGAAUGACCCAAAAGAAAUCACAGCUUUGUUCCAGAGCCAAUGUUUAUACUCAAGUGCCUGAUGGAGGAUGGGGCUGGGUGGUAGCUGUUUCUUUUUUCUUCGUUGAAGUCUUCACCUAUGGCAUCAUCAAGUCAUUUGGUGUCUUCUUCAAUGACUUAAUGGACAGUUUUGAUGAAUCCAAUAGCAGGAUCUCAUGGAUAAUAUCCAUUUGUGUGUUUGUCUUAACAUUUACAGCUCCUGUGUCCACUGUCCUGAGCAUUGGGUUUGGACACCGUCUGGUGGUGAUGGUCGGGGGGCUGCUGGUCAGCGUGGGCAUGGUGAUGGCCUCCUUCUCACAGAAGGUCUACCACAUGUACAUUGCCAUCGGCAUCAUCUCUGGUCUGGGAUACUGCUUUAGCUUUCUCCCAACUGUCACCAUUCUGUCACAGUACUUUGACAGAAGACGCUCUGUGGUCACGGCUGUUGCUUCUACAGGAGAAUGUUUCGCUAUGUUUGCUUUUGCACCAGCCAUCACGGCCCUGAAGGAGACCAUCGGCUGGAGGUACAGCCUCCUCUUCGUGGGUCUCCUGCAGCUCAACCUCGUGGUCUGUGGGGCGCUGCUCAGACCUAUCAUCAUCAGAGGACCCGGGACCCCCAAAACCACCGCCCAUGAAAAUCGGAAAGAAGUGCAAUACAUGCUUGAGAACGAGAAAACCCGCACCUCGAUCGAUUCCAUUGACUCAGGAGUAGAACUACCUACCUCACCUAAAAACGUGCCUGGUCACACGGCCGUAGAGCUCGAGCCCAAGGCCGACCUGCAGCGGAUCCUGGGCCAGCCCGGCUCCAAGCCCGGCUGCCAGAAGGCCCCGCUGCUGGACUUCUCCGUCCUGAAAGAGCAAAGUUUUAUCUGCUACGCGUUUUUUGGUCUCUUUGUCACCCUGGGCUUCUUUGCCCCGUCCCUGUACAUCAUCCCCUUGGGCCUCAGCCUGGGCCUGGACCGGGACCGCGCUGCUUUCUUACUGUCAGCGAUGGCGAUCGCAGAAGUGUUCGGGAGGAUCGGGGCUGGGCUGGUCCUGAACAGAGAGCCCAUCCGCAAGAUCUACAUCGAGCUCAUCUGUGUCGUCUUACUGACCGUGUCCCUGUUUGCCUUUACUUUUGCCACUGAAUUCUGGGGUCUCAUGUCCUGUAGCGUAUUUUCCGGGAUUAUGGUUGGGACGGUGGCGGGGACCCACAUCCCGCUGCUCGCUGAGGACGACGUUGUGGGAAUCGAGAAGAUGUCUUCAGCGGCUGGCGUCUACGUCUUCUUCCAGAGCAUCGCGGGACUGGCUGGACCGCCCCUUGCAGGGCUUCUGGUGGACCAGAGCAAGAUCUACAGCAGAGCCUUCUACUCCUGCGCGGCUGGGAUGCUUGUGGCCGCUGUGUGCCUCGCCCUCGUGAGACCCUGUAAAAGGGGGCUGUGCCGCCGUCCCCGAGCCGGGGAAGGGAAGGCCGAGAGUCACCGUGGGAAAGCUUUACAAGACAUCCCAGAAGACUUUCUUGAAAUGGACCUGGGGAAGACUGAGCACAGAGCUCCUAUGAAAAUGGAGCCCGUGUGA